AUGGCUGACCCAACUGUCAUUGUUUUGCCCGGCGCGGCUGAUGGCUCCCAUCACACUGACCAAGAAAGAUCGCAGAUUGCAUCGAAGAUCCAGAAUGCCUUGAAUGAGGGACAGUCGCCGAGAUUGGCACAAGAUGGCCCGUUGCGGCAAGUUCUAGCUCAACAAGAUAGCUUCUACAAGUAUAUCAACUGGGAAGAUCCUCUUCGUACACUCGGCGUGUACAUCGGCGCCUUGAGCAUUUUGUUCGGGGCACACCACUUGCCUCUCACUCAGUUGGCAUUGAAGGCCGCAGUAACGACUCUUGGAGUUGUCUCGGCUGCCGAAUACGCCAGCCGGUCAUUCGGUUCCGACUCUUUGUCCACCCGUCUGCGACCGAGGCAGUACAGGAGACUGCCAGAGUCCGCCCUCAACAACACCCUUAGAGAUGUUCACGACUUGAUUCAAUAUGCAGUCGUAGAAGCUCAGCGAAUUAUUUACGGCGAAGACCUGGGCAAGACGUUUGGCGCUUUUGUCGGCUUUGCAUCUUUGUAUGCCCUCAUCAAAGUCCUUUCUCCGUUUUGGCUAGCUGUCGUUGGAGUGACUGCUAUCUUCGUCGCCCCCCUCGCUGCCUCACCUCAGGGACGAAAGGUUGCGCACGACGCGACUAUACAGGCUCAAAACGCGGCCAACGUGACCGCUCAGAAGAGCGCGGAUCUCGCUCGCGAUGGACAAGCAAAGGCGGCUGAACUAUCCUCCAAGGCCCAACAAAUGACUUCUGAUGCUAGCACAACUGUCGGCAACGCUUCUCGGAGCGGUCAACAGACGGCGUACAAUGUGACCAGCACAGCUACCGAACAAGUUAGAAACUUGCCGCAAUCAGCCACAAAUACUAUUAACAAGGCCCCUGGCUCCCUUACAUCGAUUUUGGGAGACGAACACCACAAUGCUAAUGGUUUGUCGGCAAACAACAACAACACCAAUAACCACCGGACCGUGGAUGAGCGCUCUCGGCAGCAGCCUUCUGGAUAUGUUACUAGUACUGGCACCGACGGGCCAUCUCGUUCGUCAAUCAACGAGACUGAGAUCCCGAGACGUGCGCCCUCGAAUCUUGAAGAUCAGCUGUCUGCCGAGCAAUCUACCGGUAGUCUCCCCACGCUUCCCAGAACGCUACCUGUCAAGUCUGACAUCGAAAAUUUGGGGGGUGGAACGGCUACGAUUCUCAGAUAG